AAGGGAACUUCCAGCUUCGGAAAGCGUCACAACAAGACGCACACGCUGUGCAGGCGUUGCGGUCGUCGCUCCCUCCACAUCCAGAAGCACACCUGCUCCUCGUGCGGCUACCCUGCUGCCAAGACCCGCAAGUUCAACUGGGGCGAGAAGGCCAAGAGAAGGAAGACCACCGGUACCGGCCGUAUGCGAUACCUCAAGACCGUCCCCCGCAAGUUCAGCAACGGAUUCCGCGUCGGUGCGCCCGCCGGAGCCAAGGGUCCUGCC